ACCACUUCUCUUCUCUUUCUUAAUUUUCUGUUUCUAAAAAUUUUAAAAAUGGCCGGAGAAGUAGAAACAAACGAUGUGAACAACAGUCCGAAAAUGCUGUCAUGGCCGAAACUACACCGUUUUGACUCAUUAGACAUUGAAUCGAACAGCCUCAACGGCCGCCGUGCCGCGUGUGGGGUGACUCUGCAAUUGGCGUUUCAGAGCAUCGGAAUAGUGUACGGAGACAUCGGAACGUCGCGUUGUACGUUUUUCAGAGCACACUUUCCGGCCGGGAUAAAACAUAACGACGACGUUUUGGGAGUUUUAUCGUUGAUUUAUUAUACGCUCACUUUGAUUCCUCUGUUUAAGUACGUCUUCAUCGCUUUGCAAGCUAAUGACAAUGGCGACCGAGGGACAUUUGCAUUGUAUUCUCUACUUUGUCGAUAUGCAAAAAUAGGGUUAAUACCUAGCCAACAAGCUGAGGAUGGGGAGGUUUCUAAUUACCGUUUGGACAUUCCCAACAACCGUGUGCGGCGGGCAUCGUGGCUGAAGUCACAGCUCGAGAACCACCGCUCCGCCAAGCUUUUUUUGCUCUUUGCCACCAUGCUUGGCACCUCCAUGGUCAUCGGCGACGGGGUUCUAACUCCUUGCAUUUCUGUUUUGUCAGCUGUUGGAGGCAUUAAGAGAGCUAGAUCUUCAAUAACACAAGAUACAAUAGUGGGGACAUCAGCUGGUAUAUUGGUGUGCAUUUUUAUGGCUCAAAGAUUUGGAACAGACAAAGUUGGGUACACAUUUGCACCAAUUAUAUGCAUUUGGUUCAGUUUCAUAGCUGCCAUUGGCUUCUACAAUUUUGUCAAGUUUGAUCCUUCAGUCAUUAGAGCUUUAAACCCUAAAUAUAUCAUUGAGUAUUUUACAAGGAACAAAGCCCAAGCUUGGAUUUCCCUUGGUGGCAUUGUUCUCUCCAUAACAGGGACAGAAGCAUUAUUUGCUGAUGUUGGGCAUUUUAGUGUGAGAUCAAUUCAAAUAAGCAUGUGUGUUGUUACCUAUCCAGCUUUAUUGCUUGCUUACACAGGACAAGCCUCUUACCUUCAUACUCACAUUAAUGAAGUUGGAGACACCUUCUUCAAAUCCAUUCCAGAACCUUUAUACUGGCCAAUGUUUGUGGUGGCUGUAUUAUCAGCCAUUAUUGCAAGCCAAGCUAUGAUUUCAGGAACAUUUUCUGUCAUUCAACAAUCCCUUUCACUUGGGUGUUUCCCAAGAGUUAAAAUUGUUCAUACUUCUUCCAAGUAUGAAGGCCAAGUUUAUAUCCCUGAAGUUAACUUUCUUCUCAUGCUUGCUUGUUUGGCUGUCACUCUUGCCUUCAAGAACACUGAACAGAUUGGAAAUGCUUAUGGCAUAGCUGUUGUGUUUGUGAUGACUCUCACAUCCUCAUUCUUAGUAUUAAUCAUGAUCAUGAUAUGGAAAACCCACAUGAUUUUGAUAAUCAUUUACAUUCUUGUCAUUGGUUCAGUGGAGCUUCUUUAUUUGAGUUCAGUCCUUUACAAAUUUGAUCAAGGAGGUUACCUUCCACUUGCUUUUGCCUUUGCACUUAUGGCCAUAAUGUACACUUGGAACACUGUCUAUAGAAGAAAAUACUAUUAUGAGCUUCAUAACAAGAUCUCUUCUCAUCAACUAAAGGACAUUGUAUCAAAUGCAAAUCAUUGUAGAGUUCAAGGCCUUGCCAUUUUCUACUCUGAGCUUGUACAAGGCAUCCCUCCCAUUUUCAACCUUUACAUGGCCAACAUUCCCGUCCUUCAUCGCGUCCUCGUCUUUGUCUCGAUCAAGUCGUUGCCUAUAAGCAAGGUCCCAUCAGACGAGCGGUUUCUCUUUCGUAGAGUUGAGCCAAGAGAGCUUAAUAUCUUUCGCUGCGUUGUGAGAUAUGGUUACACAGACGAUCGCAACGAGCCAGAUCAGUUGUUCGAGAGGAUUUUGGUAGAGAGAAUGAAAGAGUUUUUAAGGGAUGAUGUUAGGGUUACAACCAAAAUGCAGGAGGAGGGAGAUCAUGAGAAUGGUGUAAUUGAGGAAGAGAAACAAAAGAUUAGAGAAAUGGAAUUGGAGAAAAACAUUGAGGAAGUUGAUAAAGCUUGGGAAAAUGGUGUGGUUCAUUUGGUUGGAGAAAGUGAAAUUGUUGCUAAGGAAGGAUCCAAUAUUUGGAAGAGGGUUUUGAUUGAUUAUGUUUACAAUUUCUUGAAGAACAAUUUGAGACAAAGUGAUAGAGUUUUCGAUAUUCCACACAAACGUUUGCUCAAAGUGGGAAUGACAUAUGAGCUUUAAGAUUACAAAGUAAUGAGUAGUAAUGAAUAAAAACAAGCCUUAUUAACUUUUGAUUAAAAUACAAGUUUAGUCUUUAUUCAAACUUUUAAAAAACUACAAAUUUGAAUUAUAAUUUUCUCUCGA